AUGGCUCAGUACAAAGGCACCAUGCGCGAGGCGGGCCGGGCCAUGCACCUGAUCAAGAAGCGCGAGAAACAGAAGGAGCAGAUGGCCGUGCUGAAGCAGCGCAUCGCCGAAGAGACCAUCAUGAAGUCCAAGGUGGACAAGAAGUUCUCGGCUCAUUACGACGCCGUGGAGGCCGAACUGAAGUCGAGCACGGUGGGGCUGGUGACCCUGAACGACAUGAAGGCCAGGCAGGAGGCCCUGCUGAAGGAGCGCGAGAUGCAGCUGGCCAGGAAGGAGCAACUAGAGGCGCGGCGGCUGCAGCUGGAGGCGCGACGCGAGAAGGCGCGCAAGCAGGAGCAGAAGCGCAAGAUCUGCAGCCUGUCCUUCACGCUGGAUGAGGGCGACGAGGGCGACGAGGGCGGCGAGGGCGCGGGCGCGGGUGCUGGCUCCGAGGGAGCCGCGCCCCCCGAGGGGCCCGCGCCCGGGCCGGCGGUGCGCAAGCGCAGGAACCUGGGCAAGAAUCCCGACGUGGACACCAGCUUCCUGCCGGACCGCGAGCGCGAAGAGGAGGAAAACCGGCUGCGGGAGGAGCUGCGGCAGGAGUGGGAGGCCCAGCGCGAGAAGGUGAAGCGCGAGGAGAUGGAGGUGACCUUCAGCUACUGGGACGGCUCGGGCCACCGGCGCACGGCGCGCAUCCACAAGGGCGGCACGGUGCAGCAGUUCCUGAAGAAGGCGCUGCAGGGGCUGCGCAAGGACUUCCGCGAGCUGCGCUCGGCCGGCGUGGAGCAGCUCAUGUACGUCAAGGAGGACCUGAUCCUGCCGCACUACCACACCUUCUACGACUUCAUCGUCACCAAGGCGCGCGGCAAGAGCGGGCCGCUCUUCAACUUCGACGUCCACGACGACGUGCGCCUGCUGAGCGACGCCACCAUGGAGAAGGACGAGUCGCACGCGGGCAAGGUGGUGCUGCGGAGCUGGUACGAGAAGAACAAGCACAUCUUCCCCGCCAGCCGCUGGGAGCCCUACGACCCCGAGAAGAAGUGGGACAAGUACACCAUCCGCUGA